CCUGGCGUGGGCGCGGCGGGCCCAGGUUAGUUCCUUACACUGAGGUCUGGCUUCUCACACACCAGCUAAAUUGAGCAACGCGAGCGCGAUUCAGAUUACUGCGCUAGCUCAGGAGCAAGCCUUUCGUCGAUUUUCGUAACCUUGCUCAUGGUGACGGUGGAUCCGCAACUGGCGCGAACCCAUGCUAGACCCCGCAUCUAACCAUCGAGUAUCAAACGCUUUAUCGCCCGCGACAUACUGGUAUAGAUAUAGGGCAGCUCUCUCCGAUUCAUGUGGAUGCUUUUUCUUACCCACUUUCCUCGGCUCGAGGCUAUGAUAUCUUAAGCUUUUCGCAUCAAGACCCACACGAUUGAACUACGUUGAAAUGCGAUCACGAACCGGAUGUCUCACUUGCCGUCAGCGGAAGCUGAAGUGUGAUGAGAAGAAACCCGUGUGCGGACAGUGCACCAAGGCCUCAAGAGAAUGCAUUCCAUCCUCAGGCAUUGUCUUCCGCCACCAACACAAUGCCUCCAUGAACGGCGAAGACUCAGGGGACGAGAACUCACUGAAGGGCUUCUACGCUUACAAGAACACAUUCGAUGAGGAUGCCAUUUGGAUGGAUAUCCCCAAGCAUGUCACCUUCAUCAACACCACCAACCCGUACCUGGAUCCCGGGACACCCGACUUUGACACAAUGUCGACAGCUUCCAUGGAGUCGCCGGGGCCCUUUGAGACUCGCUCUUUACCUUCAUGGCGCACACACAGCAACUUUCAUUCAGUUACCAGCACACCAUCGAGCAUGGGGCCUGAGAUGCCUCCUACCAGCGUUCCUUUCUGUUAUACCCCCGACCUAGAAAGCCUACCACCACUGAUGCAGUCACCACCCGCAUCUGUUGUAGGCACCCCACUCUCGCCUCCUCUAUCAUUAUGCAACCGGAGAAUACAUCCCGUUAUGGAGUUCCCCGCUUCCACAGCGUCGCCGCCCAUAGAUCCUCGCCUCAAUUCGCCAUACGACUCCGCCGACCACAUGCACCGUUCAGUUUCGAUAUCAAGCUCACGGCGAUCACCACCUCGCUCGGACGUUGGCAUGCCCACUCAAGAUGACCACGAGAUUGCGUUCCUUCUCCGGUGGUUUUCAGAAGGCCCCGGUUACUGGAUGGACCUAUUCGACCUUGGCACUUACUUCGCAUCUUACGUCCCCGUACAGGCGCGUGACAACCCAUUACUCAAGUACGCGGCUGUCGCCUGUGCUGCGAAGGCUCUUGCUCGUGUCCAGGGCCGUAAGCCUGUCAUGGGAGGUAGUGUGACGCGUCAAGCUAGGAUGGAGCAGUACCCCGAGGCACCAUUGGUUGAUUGGAAGCACAAGGCAGCAGUAUACUAUGAUACUGCUGUGUCACUACUGUUGCACGCUCUCAAGAUGGACGUCGCCUCAUCUCCAGACGAGUCAGAGUGCGAACAAAGACAUCAAAACUCCGCGUACGAUGGGCCAGCACACAAGCGACGACGGACUUCCAGCAACACCUCAUUCGUAUCAAACACCGACGAACUGUUGGCCGCCUCUGCCAUUCUCUGUGUCUAUGAGUUCUUAGACACUUCCGUUUCGGAUUGGGCGAAGCACCUGAAUGGUGCAAAGUCCCUCCUUGUCCUUUCACAAGAGCAUGUUAUGCCAUUACAACUACCGACACCCACAUCAUCGAUGCCAUCCGCAAACUUCAACUUCACAUCAAAAGCUCGGCGAGCAACCUUCUGGAACAUUGCCAGACAAGACAUGCUCGCAGCCUUCAUCAACAAGACCAACACAAGGCUAGACACCGAUGACUUGACGCUGUGGAGAGAGGCUGGCCUCAUGAUUGAUGAGCGAGGCUACAUUAUGCCUAGCAAUACGACAGCAACUGGCUACCCUGACGACGAGAAGGUGAUGAGGGAAGACCUCAUCUGCAACGCCCUAGUCUGGCUCAUGGCCAAGCUAGUUAAUUUCAUGGCUGCGGGAGACGAAGUGUCAAACGAAGCCGGCAUGAGUUGGGCUGGCGUUCCUCAGCGGACCCUUCUGGAUUACUGGUUUAGUCUCCGCAAGCAGUUCCAGGUGUGGCACGACGGACUACCGGUGACUUUCAAACCUUCUGCCAGGGUGGCACCCGCCCAAACAUCCGGACCGAUGUUUAACAACGAUAAUGCCUCCAUGUUUGCAGAGGUCUGGUACUCGAUUCCCAUGUGCGCCUCGACGAUGCAAACCUACCACAUGUCGCAGAUUCUCUUGUUCAUGAACAAGCCACACGAGUCCACCCAGGGGCGCAGCACCGUCGUCGCACGCAUGAACUCGUACCAGUCCGUUCUGGCCAUGUGCCAGAAGCACAGCCGCGAAAUUGUUGGCAUUUCGCUCGCUCGGUCAGAUGAAGCGGUCCGGAUCCACUCUGUGCAGCCCCUGUUCACUGCUGGUCAGUGCCUCAGCGAUGCUCGAGAGCGCCAAGUCGUGUUGCAUUUGCUACGAGACAUUGAGUCGGACAUUGGUUGGGCGACCGACUACCGUGUGCGCCAGCUAUUCGAGCAGUGGCAAGGCGAAGAAUCAGAGGGCCUGGUACCAUGAGCACUCCACUUGGAGGCAUCAAAUCAGCCACAAACUUUGACCCCUGGAUACUUAGCAAGCCCGCCGCCAGCCUGCUGUCAGCCUCAGCCAUGUCUCUAGGUACCUCCCGACAGCUUAGUCUGGGAUGCAGAGGUCCUGCUACGAAGGAGCCACUAGCGUUCGCCUGGCCCUUGUCCAUGGUGCGGGAACUAUCGGAAGACUAGAGCAACACGAACUGUCAUUCCAAGCCGACACAUGUUGCCAGGCCCCUUUGAGCGCAGCGCCGAUGAUCGGAAAGGUCUGCUGCAAUGCGACCGCACGGGCUGCAAGCUUCAGAUUACUGAAGAGACGUGUGUAGAAAGAAGAUUAGAUAGCUAGAAGAAACCAGGAUUGCGGUAUCAGCCCAUUCCAACCUAGAUAG